GUAGGCGACUCUACCAUACUCUGUGCUUCUUCGAUUCCUGGACAUUGGGUAGGCCAGCAAAGGAGACUCGCUGCUAUCUGCCUGUAAGGAGUCAUCACUGACCAUUGGAUACCUGGCUAUGGCUCCCAUAUCAUUUGCACCGAAAUUCUCCGCCCCGCCUCCGACUAUCACAGUGGCGAUACUUUCCUUCCCCGCCCCUAAAAUCCUUCUUGUCACACUAAACCGACCAAAACAACUGAACUCUAUCCCCAGCGCGGGUCACGUCGAGCUCAACAACGUCUGGCAGUGGCUCGACGAGGAACCAGAACUGAGCGUCGGCAUCAUCACAGGCGCCGGACGAGCUUUCUGUGCAGGCGCAGAUCUCAAAGAGUGGAACAACCACAACGAAAAACGUACAACACGCCCCACUCCUCCUGCUGGCUUCGCCGGCCUUUCCCGGCGUAGUGGCCUAAAGCCCGUCAUCGCCGCGGUCAACGGCCUCUGCUUCGGCGGCGGCACUGAGAUGAUCGUGAAUUGCGACAUGGUCGUCGCCAACCGAAACGCCUCGUUUGCGCUGCCGGAGGUUAAGCGCGGGGUGGUUCCAUUCGCCGGCGCGCCGCCGCGGCUGAUACGGACGGUGGGGAGGGUGCGGGCCAUGGAGAUGGCAUUGACGGGCCGGACAGUGGGUGCGGAGGAGGCGAGGGAGUGGGGGUUAGUGAAUCGGGUGGUGGACGAGGGGGCGGAGAAAGUGGUGGAGGCGGCAAUAGAGUUGGCGACGAUGGUGGCGGAGAAUAGCCCGGAUGCAGUGAUCAUCACGAGGGAGGGGGUGAAGAUGGGGUGGGAGGGGUGUGGUGCGGAGGAGGGGACGCGGAUCUGGCAGGAAGUAUGGCAAGGACGGUUGGCUAAGGGGGAGAAUAUGCGGGAGGGUGUGAGGGCUUUCGUGGAGAAGAGGAAGCCGGUCUGGAAACCAGCCAAGUUGUAA